AUGGCGCAUCCGACUAUCAAGAUCGACACCAGUGUCCCAGCGACCAAGCGCGGACUGCCCGAGAAUGACGACGCGGGCCUCGAUAUGCUCGCGGAUCAGGACAACCCCAAGCUGGAAGCUGGAAAUACCGAAGAUGUUCCACCGUUCCUGUGUCAAUCUGUCUCGGAGAUCCAUGACAAGUUUGAGGAACUGGAAUGGAUGCAGCGCACACGUCUGGCCGAGGGUAUGCUGGCCAAUGAUCUCUUGCAUCCCUGGGCCCUGGAGGUAGACCCAAAAGUUAGAGAGAGGAAUCGGUAUAUUAACGUCCAGGCCUGGGCAAAUUGUCGCAUCCAUCUGCGGGUUGCCGAGGGCGAAUGUGAUUUUAUCAACGCAUCUCCGAUCACUCUGGAAGACUCGGUGACACGAGAAGGAAGGAAAUACAUAGCGACCCAGGGCCCCAAACUUGGACAUCUCCCGGAUUUCUGGCACAUGGUCUUCCACGAAAGCAAGGAGGUCGGCGUUAUCGUGAUGCUUACCCAAACUUUUGAAGCGGGCCGGGAAAAGUGCGCACAAUACUUCCCAUUGGAUACGGAACAGGCUUCAAUGGUACUAUUGGCGGAUGAAUCGGACGUUCUCUUCGAUGAGAGUGGACAAACAGAGCCCGGUGUCUUGGGAAGAGUUACGUUGCUAGAAUCAACUUUCGACGCUAGAUCACGAUCUGAAAUCCGCAAACUCGAACUGGCCAUCGGCUCGGAGUCAAAGAUUGUCUGGCAUUUCCUCUUCGCUGGCUGGGCCGAUUACUCCAAACCCGAAGGCAGCGAUCGCCAAGCCCUUCUCGAGUUGAUUAAGUUGUCAGCGUCCAAGUCCAGCCCGGACAAUCCACGAAUCGUGCACUGCAGCGCAGGAGUUGGUCGGACAGGAACUUUCAUCGCGCUUGACCAUUUGCUAUGCGAGCUAGAGUCAGGACAUCUGUUGAAUAUGGAACCAGAGGCCGACCCUGUUUUCAAAACCGUCAAUCAAAUGCGCGAGCAGCGGAUGAUGAUGGUCUACAACGAGAUGCAAAUGCAAUUUAUCUACGAAGUGCUCCGAGAACAAACCGAUCGAAAGCUGGGCAAGAUUACGGACUGGAACAUGGACUCCCCUAACGGCAGCGAGGAACGGUCUGCGAAAAUCGCCAAGUUGAAUGACCAGGCGGAUUACUUGCCAACUUCCAAGCCGGAGUUGGAAGCUGUCCCAGAUCGCUCUCAUACGCCGACGAGAAGUCGGUCCGGCACACCGGAGCUUCCUGAUCCUGUUAAUGAAUGA